AUGGGAACUAUGGUGAAAAUUGCUCAGAUGCCUGCCCAUAUCCCUAUUUCGGAGAGCUCUGCAGACAUAAAUGUAACUGCUCAGUGCAAUCCAGGAUACUUUGGUUUCAAUUGUACGGAGAUGUGUCCAUUCCCAGUUUAUGGUAUACGCUGUGAGCGGAGGUGCAAAUGUUCUGUAGAAGAUUGUAGCCCUGCUACAGGAUGCUCUAUACCAAACAGCAAAUCUAACGAUACCAAGUUUCUGAUUGAUAAAAAUGACGAGUUUACCCAGAAACGUUUUUAUCUUGUCGUUGUUGCAUACGUCUUUGGAGGUGUUCUUAUGGUUUUGGUCCUAACCUUUAUUUGGAUUGAACUGAGUCACAGAAAAAGAAGAACAAAUAAUGAGCAUAAGAUAGCUACGGAAAAUGUGCCAGCGUAUCAUGAAAUUAUAAUGAGUGAAGAUGGGGGUAUUUUUAUCUCAGAAAAUGAACAUAUUUCAAAUGAAACCACAGCAGCGGGGUUGUAA